GCACUUUCUGCUCUCGUGGCCCGGAGCGCGCAGCGCCCAGGAGCCGGGCAGAGCCUGACGCCCUGUCGUCAACCCUCGCGCACGGGGCUCUGCGGGUGACCGGACCGGCCAGCUUCCUGCUGCAUGGAACGGCUGCAGAAGCAACCACUUACCUCCCCUGGGAGCAUCAGCUCCUCCCGAGGCUCCAGUGUUCCUGGCUCUCCCUCCAGCAUCGUGGCCAAGAUGGACAAUCAGGUGCUGGGCUACAAGGACUUGGCUGCCAUCCCCAAGGACAAGGCCAUCCUGGACAUCGAGCGGCCUGACCUCAUGAUCUACGAGCCCCACUUUACCUAUUCUCUCCUGGAACAUGUGGAGCUUCCCAGAAGCCGGGAGCGCUCACUGUCACCCAAAUCCACAUCCCCCCCACCAUCCCCAGAGGUGUGGGCAGAGAGCCGGUCCCCUGGAACCAUCUCUCAGGUUUCAGCCCCAAGAGCCACUGGGACCCCACGGACCAGCCUACCCCAUUUCCACCAUCCUGAGACAACCCGCCCAGAUUCCAACAUCUACAAGAAGCCACCUAUCUACAAGCAGAGAGAGUCCAUGGGAGGGAGCCCUCAGAGCAAGCACCUCAUCGAGGACCUCAUCAUCGAGUCCUCCAAGUUCCCUGCAGCCCAGCCGCCUGACCCCAACCAGCCAGCCAAGAUUGAAACCGACUAUUGGCCAUGCCCCCCGUCGCUGGCCGUCGUGGAGACAGAAUGGAGGAAGCGGAAGGCAUCGAGGAGGGGCGCAGAGGAAGAGGAAGAGGAGGAAGAUGACGACUCUGGGGAAGAGAUGAAGGCUCUCAGGGAGCGUCAGAGAGAGGAACUCAGUAAGGUUACUUCCAACUUGGGAAAGAUGAUCUUGAAAGAAGAGAUGGAAAAGUCAUUGCCUAUCCGGAGGAAAACUCGCUCUCUGCCUGACCGGACACCCUUUCAUACCUCCCUGCAUGCAGGAACAUCAAAGUCAUCUUCUCUCCCCGCCUAUGGCAGGACCACUCUGAGCCGGCUACAGUCCACAGACUUCAGCCCCUCUGGGAGUGAGACUGGAAGCCCAGGCCUGCAGAAUGGAGAGGGCCAGAGGGGGAGGAUGGACCGGGGGAACUCCCUGCCCUGUGUGCUGGAGCAGAAGAUCUAUCCCUACGAAAUGCUGGUGGUGACCAAUAAGGGGAGAACCAAACUGCCUCCAGGUGUGGAUCGGAUGAGGCUUGAGAGGCAUCUGUCUGCGGAGGACUUCUCAAGAGUAUUUUCCAUGUCUCCUGAAGAGUUUAGCAAGCUGGCCCUGUGGAAGAGGAAUGAACUCAAGAAAAAGGCCUCUCUCUUCUGACCACCCCUCCCACUCCUUGACUGACCCUGUCCCCUGCUGCUUCAGGGCUCUGGAGCUGGGUCACUAGACCCCAAAGCAUCAUUCCUUGGGGGAGCAGGGAGGUGGGGUGGAGGUAGGGUUGGCUCCAUUCCCCAGGUGAGGAGGAACCAAGACCUCUGCAGUGCUGGGGUUGUAGGACAUGAACUUGCUUCCCCAUAAUGAGCUAGGGGGGGCCUCCUUCCCUCAUCCCUGGUCCUCACUGCACAGGGCAAACCCAGUUUGGACUCCAGCACACACAGAGUUAAUGUUUGCACCCUCUCCCCACCCCAACCCCACAUGAAGGUCCCCACAAGAGAGUGAGGAGAAACGAGGCAGCAUUAGUGGUCAGGCAUGUUGGCUGUCUUGACCAAAUGGGUGGGUAGGACCCUCGGACCUGCUAGGAGGCAGGUGAGGGUGGGAAGCAGCCAGGCAGGCAGGGAGAGCCCCAGGAUGCUGUGUGCACCCAAGCACGCCUCCUCACCUCACCUUGGACAGCUUCCCCUACACCUGGGCCUCUGGCUUCUCUGACUCUUAGCAGGAGCAGGCUUGAACUCAGCCUCUAACAAGGAGGCCACCCUGCCCUCCAGCUCACCUUGUCCUCUCCUUGUGACCCCUAAGCUUCAGAGCCUCUUGCUCCAGCCCUGUGGCUUCCCCAGAAGCCUUGGCUUAGAGUGGAGAUGUUGCAGAACCUCAGCCCGCCGUCAGCCUGCAGGCAAAGUCCGCUAGACUUCUAGCACCCAGGUCCCGGGCAGAACCCAGGCCUUCAGGCUCCUUAGAUGGGAUCAAGAGGCCAGGCUGAGUGUCCUGGCUAGCAGGUCCCGUCCAUUCCCACGCAUCCCCCACCACGCUGUCUAAAGAAUGUAAUUUAUUGGGGCACCCCCCCAGCUGCUUUCUCUCCUAACUCUCUGCCCUACUUUAAUCACACUCCCAGCUUUUCUUCUCUACAGAAACGUAUGUGUAUAUAAUUAUAUAUAUAUUUUUGCCUGGGGCUGGGUUUGGUACCUGCCCAGACUCUGGCAUCCCUUUCCACUGUGUGUGUGUGUGAUAAUGCUGUGGGAGGGGGACUCUGCUUGGAAUUAAAAGGUUGCACUGGGCCCCCAAAUCUAUUUGUUCUUUCUGAGUCACCAGAUCUGGGAAGGAGGGAGAGGUGACACCAGGAUGAGGAAAUCCAUGGGAGUGAGGGUUCAAAUGGGGAGCACGUAGGGUCGGAAGAGGUGGGGACAGCACACACACUGCCCUCAAAAGCAGGAGCUAGCAUAGCAGGGUCCCAUCUGCCUCCUCUUCUGGGCUGUGUGAUGGUGGUGUGGAGGAAGGGCAGAAAGUCACACUGUGGAGCCUGAUAUAGGAGCCAGCUGGGAGGAAAGCUUGUCUGUCCUCUGUUGAGGCCCUAUAUACUCACCUUGGCAGUCAAGCUCAUCAACACCUGAUGUGAAUACACCCUCUGGGGCCUAAGAUACUCACUGUUCAAUGGGGAGGCCAAACACACAGAGCAGUUCAAUGGUGUAGGAGUAGGCGGUGAGCUGACUUGUGAAGAGCAGGCGGGGAAAACCAAUCAGUGGAGAAAUGCUGGGUGAGAUCUAGCGGAAGGCUGGUUAAGUGGAGGCUGAGGGAGGAGGUGGGUCACAUGGUCUUGGUUGACUUAGCAAGGCCUCCGGUGGGGGGGGUUGGGGGUAGACAGGGAACCGGAGUGUGGAGGUGGGUGGAGGGGGUGAAGGUUAGAAGAUCAGAAGAACUUCAGGUGUGGGUGCUUGAAGGGAGGGGCUGGGCUCACCUGGCCAGAACAGAACCCAGAUGUGGGUGCAUAAAGAGGCGCGCAGUCAGAAGGACUAGGUGAGCUGGAGUGUGAACCUAAGAGCUGGAACCUGAUUCCAGUCUGCUACCCCUGAGACGAGUUUCUAUCCCCUUUGGCUGAAACAAAAGCAAAGGGGAUAAGAAUCCCUCCAAUGCAGACAAUUAUUUUAAGCUGUAGAAGCUCUGAUACGUCUACAACAUGGUUUUAUCCUUUCAACAACCUGCGAGGUAACAGCAUAGAUCAUUUUAAUCCUUUUAGGCAAUGAGAAAAUUGUAGAAGAGUUCAGCCGAAGCCUGAAGGUACGUGUAAGUGAAUGAGUGGAGAAUGGAGACAGACAUCCAAGUUUCAUCACUGUUAACCCAGGACUUUCCCCAAUGUAGUUCCCUCUCAAGGGGUAGCAAGGAGGGCCGACUAGGAGGCGUAGAGAGAAUAGUCUCCAAUGCCAGUACCCAGUUUUAGGUGUUCAACCAAUGUUUGGAGGGCUUACCCUGUUCCAGCAUUAGAGAUUCAGCGGUGACAAGGCCAGCAUCCUCAGGGCCACGGAACUCCCAGGGUGUUGAGCACCAAGGGAUGCUGAGGCAGUGUUUGAUCACAAUUCACUGGGAAAUGCUUUUGGUGGGGCAGACUGCAUGCUAACACCUAAAGGAUUUUAAGUUCCUGAGAUUUGGAGACCUGAAGUGGAAGUGGGUCCCUAAAACAAAACCUUAGAAGAAUCUCUCAGUGCCUCUUCCUGCAACACACACACACACACAUGCACAUGAACAGGCACAUGUACAUGAACAGAUACAAAAUCUUCAUGAUUACUUAGCAGUUUGCAAAACUUUUUUCAAAAAGUGUAUCUUGGGGGCACCUGGGUGGCUUAGUCAGUUAAGCCUCUGGCUUUGGCUCAGGUCAUGGUAUCACGGUUCAUGGGUUUGAGCUCUGCAUCAUGCUCUGCUGUCAGUGCAGAGCCUGCUUCGGAUCCUCUUUUCCCCUCUCUCUCUGCCCCUCCCCUGCUCACACUCUCUCAAAAUUAAAUAAAAACAUUAAAAAAGUAAAAAUUACAUCUUAUUAUUAGUAAUUGGAAUACAUUUAUAAAUUGAAUUUUAUAGUUAAUUAUAAAAAUGAGUGAGAACAAAGAAGUUCUGAUGAAUAAAAAUUUUUGAGAUUUGUAUAUGACAGUUGCCCUUUUUUGUUGCAUUUGGCUGCAUAGUAUCAGGAAAAUCCUGAUUCAUACAGAUAAGUAGUUACAAAAUUGUGGUGGUUUAAAAAUGCACACAAAUCCAUUCUCAUUCCUCCCAUCGAGUGGCAGUGUCCAUGCCCCCUCUUCUUGAAUCAGGGCUUAAGUGACUUGCACAUUUAAAACUAUUCACCCUCCAAUAGCCUUCCACCCUCAUUUAAACUGACAGGAGAAAAGGCUUUAUUCAAAGGUCUUCUCCCCAAUGAGCUAAUCUGUCAGACUUUAACUGCAGUUGACCCUUGAACAGCAUGCAGGUUAGGGAUGCUGACUCCUCCGUGCAGUCGAAGAUCCACAUACAACUUCUUACUGCCCCCAAAUCUAACUGCUAAUAGCCUGUUGACCAGAAGGCUUACUAACAUAAAACAGUUAAUGAACACAUGUUUUGUAUGUUAUAUGCACUAUAUACUGUAUCCUUAGAGUAAAGUAAGCUAGAGAAAAGAAAAUAUUAAGAAAAUCACAAGGGAGAGGAGUACUUGGCUGUCUUGGUCAAAAGAGCAUGCAACUCUUGAUCUUGGGAUUGUGAGUUUUAGCCCCACAUUGGGUGCAGAGAUUACAAACACAUACACACACACACACACACCCCAAAAAAAUAAGGGCACCUGGGUGGUUCAGUCAGUUAAGUGUCCGACUUCGGCUUAGGUCAUGAUCUCACGGUUCCUGAGUUGGAGCCCCACACUGGGUUCUGUGCUGACAGCUCAGAGCCUGGAGCCUGCUUUGGAUACUGUGUCUCCCUCUCUCUCUCUUCCUUUCCCCCACGUGUGCUCUCUCUCUCUCAAAAGUAAUAAACAUUAAAACAAAAAACAAAAACACACAUAAAAAAACCUUUUAAAAUUUUUUUUAAAAAGAAAAAAUCUUAAGGAUGAGAAAUUACAGAUAGAGUGUUGCACUGUAUCUAAAAAAAUGCAUGUAUAAGCAGACCUGUACGGUUCAAACCCAUGUUAUUCAAGAGUCAACUGUACAUCAGUGGGCUCCAACACUUUUGGCAUAUAACACGUUUCCGCUAACAUUUAUUAGAAGUUCUAAGACAAAAUUUUUAAAGUGAAGCCAAAUGAAAGGUUAUGAAUUCCUGAUGCACUUUCACUAUAUCCCAGAGUUUCUUGGGGAAAGCUGAUUUAAUCCAUUCAGCUGCUUCCCUUACCUAUGAGGAAGCUGGCCCAGAAAAACACAGCGCAGGACUGGACUCAGGUCUCCACCUCUCCAGGUGGCCUCUCUGUACACAAAAGGCUUGUUUCUUCCCUUUGUUCUUACACAUUCUGGCCUGAAAGUUUCCUCUUCUUUCCCAUAGGGCUCCUCACAGGGGCCCAUUUGCAGAUGGACUAUUUUAAAAGGUCUCUUUUUCCCAAGCAGUUGUCAGAGAACUGAGAUCCAAAUGCCAGCUCUGGAUGGGCUGGGCAGAACCCUGCCCCCCACCCCCACCCCCCCUCGUGACUUAGCCUGGACUCCAGGCUCCACUCCAGGGUACACAGCCAUCUCUGGACAGGUCGUUGUCUCCUGGGCCUCAGCCUGACUGGUAAAUGGAGCCCAAAAGGCAGGGCUAGUGCGGUGAAGCCCCAAGACCCCCUCCCCCCAGCUCUAGGUCCUACAGCUUUGUGAUAGAGGCUACCCCUCACCCUCUCAUCAGAUGUCAGUGGUCAGCAGGAAUACAUUUUGAACAGAUAUCAGCCCUCUUCUCAGAAAGAUCUUUCCAUUCCUGAGGGUUGGAGGUGGAGGUGGUAGGGAAAAUGGGCUUUAAACUGUCAAUAGUUGCUGCUCCAGACGUUCCAGGAAACCCUGCUCUUGUUGAGGGUUCUGCCUGUGUAAUUCUUGGGCUCACCUUGCCCUGGUAGGGGGCGCCUCAACAUGGGAGACCCAUCUUCUGUUUCUUUCCUUGGUGCUGCUAGAAGGGCAACCGGGCCAGUUGUCGCUUCCUCUGCAGAACCUCUGCACCAGUGGUGUAUCCACUUAAAGGAACAAGCAACAAGGGAAAUUAAUUUUAAUAAUCUAGUCCGUUUAACCCAAUAUAUCUAAUAUAUUACGAUUUCAACAGGUAAUCAACAUCAAACAUCAUCAGAGAGCUAUUUUACAUUUUCUUUGUGUACUAAGUCUUCAGAAUCCGAAGUGUACUUGACCUUCGGCACAUCUCAAUCAGGCCUAGCGCGUUUGUUUCAGGGCUCCACAGCCUCAUGCGGCCAGUGGCUACUGUGUUGGGCAGAGGGCGGGGGUAGGGGCAUCUAGAGACUUACAGGAUCCACAGACGUUCUCAAGCCUGUCUUCCUCGGGAGGAAGAAACCUCCCGGUCCCACUCGCCCUUCUCGCUGCCAUCUGGCUCCCCAGGGAGCCCUGGCAGCACUUGAAGGCACCCCUCCGCUGCGACGCCGGGCUUCAGCGUCCCCCCUGGCUCUCCACGGGCGAAAUACGUCGGCGCCCGGCCUCCUUCCCGACCACGCCGGGCCGGGCCGGGCCAGGCCGGGCCGGGGCUGGGGCGGUGGGCAGCGGCUGCCCCGGCGGGCCGAGGCGGGGCGGGCCAGGCAGGGCCCCGCCUCCUCGCCGCGCCUCCCGGGCCGCGCUCCGCCUGUGAGCUCCGCCGCCGCUGCCUCUGCCGCUGCCGCCGCCGCCGCCCGCCGCCGCCCGGGAGCCGAGCCGAGCCGGGCCGGGCCGGGCCGCCAACAUGCUGAGCCGGCUCGGAGCGCUGCUGCAGGAGGCCGUGGGGGCGCGGGAGCCCAGCAUUGACCUGCUGGAGGCCUUCGUGGAGCACUGGAAGGGCAUCACGCACUACUACAUUGAAAGCACAGGUG